UGGCUUUGGCGGUGGAGACUCCAAUAAGGCUGCUGAAGUGGGGAGUUCUGCAGGAUUGGAGCCAGAGCCCUUGAAGGUGGGAUCGGCUAGGAAAAGAGAAAAAGAGCAGAGGGUUGGGGCGAAAGUAGGGCGGGACAAAGAGCGCCCAGAGUAGAACCCGAGAGUCCCUGUGUGGGGGAAAGGUGGAGCCAAGGCAGGUCUGGGGCAUCCCCCCCCGCUCCGGCUCCGGCGCGCUCUUAGAGCACCUGUCGGGGAGAGGGGAAGGGACAUCCUGGUGCCCGAGGGACCUCCGGUCCAGAGGGGCUUACUCGGAGCUUGGGACUCCCGAGAAGACUCCGCCUCCUCCCCUCCGGCGGUCCAAGCCCGGCAAGUGAAGGGGCGUGACCCUGGUGCUCAGGUUUCUUCCUCCUCACCUGGGCCAGGAGGGGUGGGGGCCAGAACUUCCGGCUCAGGUGAGUGUCCCUUCGGUGACGUCAGGUCAUCCUCGGCCGCCCCUCCGGUCCCUCCCCGCCUCGCGCUCCCGGUGCCCGCGGGGGCGCGCCCCCGACGACCUACAUAUACUCAGGUGCGCCGCACCUGUCCGCCCGCACCUGCCCGCUCACCGCUGAGCGGCCUCACAUCGCACAGCAGCCUUGGGCCGACAGCCCAGGAUACUCUGGGGACUUCCAGCACCCGGGACCGCGCCCACACGGCCCCUCCACAUUUUGUUUGGGAAGGGUCGCCGAGCGCCGAAGGGAACUGCCGGGUCUUAGCGGAUUGCUUUUGUCGGCCACCAGUCCUGUUCCCUCUGCUGUGAGAUCCUCGCCCCGCCGGAGGGGUAGAUUUGUGUUUACUUCGGUGACAAGAUUUGCAAGCACUCGGCCAAAAACUUUUUUGCCUCUUUGGGGGACAAAACUCGCCAGCCCGGCGCCUCCCGUCUUUUCUGAGGGAGGAAAUGGCCAAUUCGGGCCUGCAGCUGCUGGGCUUUUCCAUGGCUCUACUGGGCUGGGUGGGCCUGGUGGCGUGCACCGCCAUCCCGCAGUGGCAGGUGAGCUCGUACGCCGGCGACAACAUCAUCACCGCCCAGGCCAUGUACAAGGGGCUGUGGAUGGACUGCGUCACGCAGAGCACGGGCAUGAUGAGCUGCAAAAUGUACGACUCGGUGCUCGCCCUGCCUGCGGCCUUGCAGGCCACCCGAGCCCUAAUGGUGGUCUCCCUGGUGCUGGGCUUCCUGGCCACGUUUGUGGCCACGAUGGGCAUGAAGUGUACCAACUGUGGGGGGGACGACAAAGUGAAGAAGGCCCGUACAGCCAUGGCCGGAGGCAUCAUUUUCAUCUUGGCAGGUCUUGCUGCCUUGAUAGCUUGCUCCUGGUAUGGCCACCAGAUUGUCACAGACUUUUACAACCCGUUGGUCCCCAUGAAUGUUAAGUAUGAGUUUGGUCCUGCCAUCUUCAUUGGUUGGGCAGGGUCCGCUCUGGUCCUCCUGGGAGGUGCACUGCUCUCUUGCUCCUGUCCUGGGAGUGAGAGCAAAGUUGGGUACCGUGCACCCCGCUCCUACCCUAAGCCCAACUCUGCCAAGGAGUACGUGUAAGCUGGGAAUGCCCUUACCCCAGCCUGGCAGCCUAGAGGUGCCCCCAGACAUCUGAAAGGACCUGGGGCAGAGAGCUCAACCCGUGGGCAGGGUGCCGAGCAGAAGCUUGCGGUCACUCUAGCCCAGCACACCAUGUACAGUUCCCUGGGGUGUUGGGUGGCAGGGAGACAAAAAGGGGGAGGGUGUGCUUUUU